AUGCCGCCUCGAAGCCCCUUCUCAUCUUCAAGCCGUGAGCUCCAUGUAGUUGUUCUUGGUGCAGGUGGCGUCGGCAAAAGUUGCCUCACUGCCCAGUUUGUCCAUAAUGAAUGGAUCGAGAGCUAUGACCCUACUAUCGAGGACUCUUAUCGCACUCAGGUUCAGGUUGAUGGUCGACAAGUAAUUCUAGAAAUCCUCGAUACCGCUGGCACCGAGCAGUUUGCAGUGGCCAUGAGAGACUUGUACAUGAAAACCGGCCAAGGUUUCUUGCUUGUUUUCAGCAUCACAUCUCCCUCGUCGUUAAGCGAGCUGGAGAACCUGCGAGAAGAGAUUAUUCGCAUCAAGGACGAAGAAAAUGUCCCCAUGGUCAUUGUCGGCAACAAGGCUGAUUUGGAAGAGGGCCGAGUCAUUCCUCGCGCCAAGGGCUUCGCUGUCUCUCAGAAAUGGGGAGCUCCGUAUUAUGAGGCGAGCGCCAGAACACGAACCAAUGUUGAUGAAGUGUUUAUCGACCUGUGCCGCCAAAUGCUCCGCAAGGAAGAUGAGACGGCAGAGCCCGAUGAGGGUUCGAAGAUCGACGCGCUCAAAAGUGCCAACAGCAAGCGUAGGCGACGCUCCAAGUUUCGUGACAGCACUCAUCCGCGAUGUGUGAUAUUGUAA